CAUUUACACGGCCUUCUCACAAGCAAACAUGGCUAAAUCACUCCCAUUUGGCGACAUCCAAGUCCCAAUUCCCGGAUUUGGUGCUAUGGGUCUAAGUUCUGCUAUGGGAACUAAUCUCAGCUUAGAAGAGGCCGAGCCAGUUCUUCAGAAAGCGAUCGAGCUAGGUUGUACGUUCUGGGACACCGCGGUUGUUUACCGAAAUGGUGUCAAUGAGAAAUUGCUUGGAGACUUCAUUAAGAAGCACAACGUCCGUGACAAAGUCUUUGUUGCAUCUAAAUGUGGAUUUUCUGUCUUCGAUUCUACACCUAGUGUCACCAACUCGGCGGCACAUAUCAAGGAAUACAUCGAGGGCACAAUCGACAGGCUUGGGUUUACUCCAGACCUUUAUUAUCUUCACAGAAUCGACCCAAAUACUCCGCUGGAGGAAUCCAUCACAGCCCUAGAUGAACUUCGCCGUGCAGGCAAAACAAAAUACAUUGGCCUCUCCGAAUGUUCUGCAGCGACUCUGCGUAAAGCCAACUCUAUUGCAAAGAUAGAUGCCGUUCAAGCCGAGUACUCGGCCUUCGAGACGCUACAUGAAACGAACGGACUUAUCGAAACCGCCAAAGAAUUAGGCGUGGCCUUCGUGGCUUUCAGCCCUCUCGGACAUGGUUUUCUUGUGGAUGACUUCCAGUAUAAAUCGCCUGAUGAUUUCGCACCUGAUGACUUCCGCCGAACUGUACCUAAAUUUCAGGGGGAGAAUUUCUACAAAAAUAAGGCGAUCGUGGAUCAAAUGAAGCAGCUAGCAGCCAGGAAAAAGUGCACAGUCGCACAAAUUGCGCUUGCUUGGGUCGCCGCCCAGGGCAUGAUUUCCAUUCCCGGAACGACGAGGGCUGACAGGCUGGAGGAGAAUUGGGCAUCUCGGAGUGUUGUGCUGACAGAGGACGAGAAGGUAGAAAUGCGAAAGAUCGUCGACGAUGCUAAGCCUUCUGGGGAGAGGUUCUCUGCCCUAUAUGAGUCUAUGGUGGGCCAUUGA